CGCUGGCACAGUGGAAAAGGUGUGCGACAAAAUGGUCCGCGUCUCCUCUCCUGAGAUCGGCUCCUUCUCCGUCGCGAGGACAAACGUGUCCGUGUCCAGCGCCACGUCAGCUCUCAAAGGCCUCACCCUGAACGGCAGCGCGCCCGCUCCGAGGGCGACGCCAGAGUCUUCACCGCGUGCCGUCCACCCGACGAGCAGCCCCGCUACGCCGUCCACGGGCGGCUCGCGGCUCGCCGGCCUGCGGCUGAGCAAGACGGUGCUCACCGAUCGCGAGGCGACGGAGACCUCCUUCCUGCUGGAGCUGCUCGGGGAGCGGGCUCGCGUGGUCGAGGUGCCGCUUCCGAACGGCCUCUCGCAGCCGCGCCUUCCGGACCGCACCUUUGUCGACAACGGGCGGACGUACCAGUUUGCAGCGUGCCGGGUCUUUGACGACGGUGCCACGCCCUGGGGAGGGAAGCGGCGCUGCAUGCGCUGCGUCUACUACGCCGCCUCCGGGCCCUGCUUCGGAGACCCGUCUGAGGAGCUGCUGCCGCCGCUCGACCUGCAGGCCGAGCUCGAGCGGUGGGCGGACUGGCGCGCGCUGCCGUCCGCGCGCAAGGCCGCCUCCCGCCUCGAGCUUCUCCAGUCGCCCGCUCGGCUCGAGCACGCGGUGCGGCAGCUGACGAGCGACCACUUUGAGCUCAUCGACGAGCCGCAGCCUUCGAGCGAGUCGGGCGGCUGCGGCUUCGUGCCGGAGGGUCUGCUCGCGGAGCUGCUCGGCGGCGGCCGGGCGGCGCAGCGCGCGACGGCGGUGCAGGUCCGCCUCUUUGCGCCCGCGCUGGGCGUCUUCAAGGGCAUCCUCGCCGCCAGGCGCGGCAUCUCGCGCAUCCAGCUGCCGCCCUCGAUGCGUAAGCUGCCCCCGUCCGCAGCCAACGCCGCCGACGGGCGCGCACUGCUCCUUGUCACGCGCGUGCACCCGUCGCGCACCAGCCUGCAGAUGGGCAAGCUGGCGCGCGGCGUCCCUCCGUGCGCCUCCUUCCGGCAGCGCCGCUUCUCGCCGAUGAUCGCCCGGCUACUCGAGGCGCGGGGCGUGCCGCCGCGCGUCAUCGAGGCGUACGCCGGCGGCAACAGGCGCGGACUGCGCGGACCCCACGGCGCGCGUGCGGGCGGAGACGACGCGGGCGAGGAGGAGGAGGAAGGAGGGGAAGAGGAGGCAUCCCCGGCGUCGGCUGCGACCGGCGAUGUCGAGCCUGUCUCCCACCCGGCCUUGCGCGCCGAGGCGUGGCUGGUUGGCGUCGCGAGCCCAGAGGCGGGCCUCCCCGCUGGCCACGUGGCGAUUCCCGGCCUCGACGCGCCGCGCGUGCCGCUGGUCCGCGGCGUCGGCCCCUGCGUCUUCGUCACGCGCUCGCCGUGCGUGCUUCCCACCGACGGCCGGGUCGUGCCCGUGGUGACGGCGCGGCCGGGCGGCAUGUCGGCGGAGGCGUGGGCGGCGCUGAGUGAGCGCUCGUUCGGCGAGGUUGUCUUCUCGAACGAGGGCCGCCAGGCGCUGCCCGAGGCCAUCUCGAGCGGCGACCUCGACGGCGAAGAUCGCCCGAGACUCUGCGACCUGUACUUUGUGAGCUGGGACGCGCGCCUCGUGGAGAGCAUCGCACCGGGCGGAGACGCGCCGCUCCCCGACGCGGCGCCGGCGGCGAAGGCGGAGCCGGCGCAACCCGAGGUGGCGGCGGAGGAGUCGUCUCUGCGCUUGGGCGACGACUGGCUGGCGCUGGCGCAGGAGCACAUGACGGACGCGGCCACGCUGCGCGAGGGGUGCGCCGUCGGCAAGCUGUACCGCGCGGGCGAGCGGAAGGCGAAGGAGUCGCCCCGCGGGCUCGACGAUCCGGACGCGAUCGCAUGCUUCGCCGCCUACCGGCAGGCCAUCGAUCACGGAAAGCAUGGCGCGGGCGUCGAGCUGCCAGAGCACUUGCGCAAGGAGCUGAAGCUCUGA